AUCAUCCACGUGGCAGCAUCUGGCGGCUCUGUCUGGCCAUGCGGAGGCCAUUCGUUCAAUGGUGCAGGCAGUGAGGAGGCUGGUGUUCGGGGUUGAGGGUCGGAAGGCGGCUGAUGCGGAUACAAUGAGGGAGCAGAAAGAGGAAGGGGGGGAGAAGCAGUGGGAACAGGAGAACGAAGAGGGGGAGGAGGAGGCGCAGAAGAUGGGGACGAGGUACGAGGUGGAGGAAACAACAAAGAGAAUGGACAAGGUGACGGGAGACGGGCUUGAAGUUUCUGAGAAUGAAAGACAAGAGUUUGAGGAAAAAUUCGGGUUCAAGCAAGAGGAAGGAGCAAGGGACGAGGCGGAGGACGGGCAAGCAAACGAAGUGGUGGGAGAGGAGGGGAUGGGCACAGGGUCAGAGCAAGGGGCAGAGAAAGGGGCAGAACAAGGGGCAGAGCAAGGGGCAGAGCAAGGGGCAGAGCAAGGGGCAGAGCAAGGGGCAGAGCAAGGGGCAGAGCAAGGGGCAGAGCAAGGGGCAGAGCAAGGGGCAGAGCAAGGGGCAGAGCAAGGGGCAGGGGAGGGGCGAGCAGGCGAUGUGGACAGGGAGUCAGUGGGGCAAGCGGUUGCUGAGGAAAGAGCCAUGCAAGAGGAGGUGGUUGACAACCUUUCCAUGUUGCAGUGCGGGGAGCAGAGGGGGGACGAGAUUGGAUUCAGGAGGAGCGGUUACCACUACUGUGGAGGAGAGGCAUGCACACAUGGGAGCAGAGGGCUGGGCGGGGAUAGCAGGAGGAAUGCAGGUGGGGUGGGGGCCCCAAAGGCUAGUAGGAAGGGGGUUUCCAUGACCGAUGGGGGUGGGACAGCAAUAGGCGGUGGGGAGUGGGCUUCCAUGGCCGAUGGGGAGUGGGUUCCAAUGGCCAGUGAAGAAGAGCAGCCCGGUUAA